AUGGCGAACGUCUACUUUCCCUAUUCCAAGGCGCCUUUGCGCACGAUCAAGGAAAUCCAGUUUGGUCUCUUCUCCCCCGAGGAGAUCAAGCGGAUGAGUGUGGUGCAUGUGGAAUACCCUGAGACAAUGGACGAGCAAAGGCAACGCCCACGAACCAAAGGUCUUAAUGAUCCACGUCUGGGAACUAUUGACCGACAGUGGAACUGUGAGACCUGUGAAGAAGGUCAGAAGGAGUGCCCGGGGCACUUCGGACAUAUUGAGCUUGCCACUCCGGUAUUCCACAUCGGUUUCUUGACGAAAAUCAAGAAGUUGCUUGAGACGGUCUGCCACAACUGUGGCAAGAUCAAAGCCAACACGUCCGAUCCGAAGUUCUUAGAUGCCCUGCGGAUUCGAGACCCGAAGCGACGAUUUGACCACAUCUGGCGGCUUUCGAAGGAUGUUUUGAUUUGCGAGGCGGACCCACCUCCGGAUGACGACGAGUACGGCAAAGAAAGCUCAAAACCUGCGAGGCUUCACGGUGGAUGUGGCAAUGCGCAGCCGACCGUUCGGAAAGAAGGUAUCUCGCUCGUUGGAACGUGGAAGCCCUCGAAGAGCAUGAUGGAUGAAAUGGACAUGCAACAACCUGAAAAGAAAACCCUUACUCCUCAACUUGCGCUUAAUGUCUUCCGCAACAUUUCCCACGAAGAUGUUCGCAUCAUGGGGUUGAGCAAUGACUAUGCGCGUCCUGAGUGGAUGGUUCUCACGGUGUUGCCCGUCCCACCCCCUCCUGUUCGUCCCAGUGUGCUUGUUGGUGGUAGCACUUCUGGCCAGCGAGGUGAGGAUGAUUUGACCUAUAAACUGGCUGAAAUCGUCCGAGCAAACCAGAAUGUCCAGCGUUGUGAGCAGGAAGGUGCUCCAGAGCACGUUGUGCGUGAGUUCGAGUCUUUGCUCCAGUAUCACAUUGCUACGUACAUGGACAACGAUAUCGCUGGCCAGCCAAAGGCUAUGCAAAAGUCUAACCGACCUGUCAAGGCUAUUCGAAGCCGCUUAAAGGGUAAGGAGGGUCGUCUACGUCAAAACUUGAUGGGAAAGCGUGUAGACUUCUCUGCGCGUACUGUGAUCACUGGUGAUCCAAACCUGUCGCUUGACGAAGUCGGCGUUCCAAGGAGUAUUGCGAGGACACUGACUUACCCUGAGGUCGUCACUCCUUACAACAUUGAGAAAUUGCAGCAGCUUGUUAUGAACGGUCCGAACGAGCACCCUGGCGCUCGAUACAUUGUCCGGGACAAUGGUGAGCGUAUCGAUCUUCGACACGCAAAGCGGGCAGGUGGGCAGCAGCUUUUGUAUGGUUGGAAAGUUGAACGCCACGUUAUGGAUGGGGAUGUCAUUCUUUUCAAUCGACAGCCUUCCCUUCACAAAGAAUCCAUGAUGGGUCAUCGCGUUAGGGUGAUGCCUUACUCGACCUUUAGGCUCAACCUUUCCGUCACCACUCCUUACAACGCUGACUUUGAUGGUGACGAAAUGAACUUGCACGUCCCUCAAAGCGAAGAGUCUCGCGCGGAGCUCAGCCAACUUGCCCUUGUGCCGCACAACAUCGUUUCUCCUCAGCGAAACGGCCCUCUUAUGGGUAUUGUGCAAGAUACUCUCUGCGGUAUCUACAAGAUUUGCCGUCGUGACAUUUUCCUCAGCAAGGAGCAGGUUAUGAACACUAUGAUGUGGGUACCUGAUUGGGAUGGUGUUAUUCCCCCGCCUGCGAUCUUGAAGCCUAGACCCAGGUGGACAGGAAAACAGAUGAUCAGCAUGGCGCUUCCAUCUGGCCUUAACCUUCUGCGAGUUGAUAAAGAUGGUUCUCCACUUGCUGAGAAGUUCUCUCCUCUUAACGAUGGCGGGCUCCUUAUUCAUAGUGGACAGUUGAUGUAUGGAAUGCUUUCCAAGAAGACUGUCGGCGCGAGCGGUGGUGGUGUCAUCCACACUAUCUUCAAUGAAUAUGGGUCAGAUACUGCUGUCGCUUUCUUCAAUGGUGCUCAAGCAAUUGUCGGCUACUGGUUACUUCACAACGGGUUUAGCAUUGGAAUCGGUGACACUAUUCCCGACGAGCUCACGAUCCAGCGCAUUGAGAACUGCGUGCGCGUUCGGAAGCAGGAAGUCGAGCAAAUAACCACCAGCGCCACCGACAACACCCUCGAAGCCCUUCCUGGUAUGAACGUGCGUGAAACAUUUGAGAGUAAGGUCUCUCGUGCGCUUAACAAUGCUCGUGAUGAAGCUGGUAGCGAGACCGAGAAGAGUUUGAAGGAUUUGAACAACGCCAUUCAAAUGGCUCGUUCUGGUUCGAAGGGUUCAACCAUCAACAUCUCACAGAUGACGGCUGUCGUGGGUCAACAAUCCGUUGAGGGUAAACGUAUUCCGUUUGGUUUCAAAUACCGCACUUUGCCGCAUUUCACGAAAGAUGACUACUCUCCGGAAUCCAGAGGGUUUGUUGAGAACUCAUAUCUUCGUGGCUUAACCCCCACAGAGUUCUUCUUCCACGCUAUGGCUGGUAGAGAAGGUUUGAUCGAUACUGCUGUCAAGACUGCCGAAACUGGUUAUAUUCAGCGUAAGCUGGUUAAGGCCCUCGAGGAGGUUAUGGUCAAAUAUGAUGGCACCGUCCGUAACUCGCUGGGUGAUAUUAUCCAGUUCAUUUACGGAGAGGAUGGUCUCGAUGGUGCACAUAUUGAGAACCAGCGCGUUGAUAUUAUCAAGUGCUCGGACAACCAAUUCAAAGAUCGGUUCCGUGUUGACCUCAUGGAUCCCGAGCGCAGCCUCGGCCCUGAAGUGCUGGAGCAAGCCAACGAGAUUGCUGGCGAUGUUGAGGUCCAGAGAUAUUUGGACGAGGAAUGGGAGGAGUUACUAAAGUCUCGGGCUUUCCUCCGCAGUGUGAGCAAGGAAGACGAGGAGAUGAUGCAACUUCCCAUCAACGUUCAGCGUAUCCUUGAAAUGGCUCGAACUACCUUCAGAAUUCGUGAAGGCACCAUCAGUGAUCUGCACCCUGCGGAAGUCAUUCCCCAGGUGCAAUCGCUACUUGAUAGACUGUUGGUUGUGCGCGGUAACGAUACCAUUUCACAGGAGGCACAAGAGAGUGCAACUCUGCUCUUUAAGGCCCAGCUGCGCAGUCGCCUUGCAUUCCGCAGAUUGGUAACCGAAUACUCCAUGAACAAACUUGCCUUCCAACACGUUCUUGGAGCUAUUGAGUCUCGUUUCGCCAAGGCGGCCGCGGCCCCGGGUGAAAUGGUCGGUGUGCUGGCCGCUCAGUCCAUUGGUGAGCCGGCUACUCAAAUGACAUUGAACACCUUCCACUUUGCUGGUGUUUCGUCCAAGAACGUUACCCUUGGUGUGCCUCGUCUAAAGGAAAUUUUGAACGUUGCGACCAACAUCAAGACCCCGUCCAUGACUGUCUACCAAGAGCCUGGACGGUCUUAUGACAAGGAAGGGGCUAAGCAGCUUCGUAGCGCUGUUGAGCACACCAGUUUGCGAUCCAUCACGGAGGCGACGGAGAUCUACUAUGAUCCUGACAUCCAGUCAACAGUCAUCGAAAACGAUCGGGAUAUGGUUGAAUCUUACUUCAUUAUUCCGGAAGAUGUCACCGAUGACUCGUCUCGCCAGUCUAAGUGGUUGCUUCGUAUCAUUCUGAGCCGUCCGCAGCUUCUUGACAAAGGUCUCACUGUGCAAGACGUUGCUACCAAGAUCAAACAGGCCUACCCCAAGGACAUCGCUGUCAUCUUCAGUGACAACAACGCAGACGAACAGGUCAUCCGUAUCCGUCAGAUCCAGGAUUACAAGGAAGACGAGGAAGAUGAUGACAUCGAGUACGAUGUUACGUUGAAGAAACUGGAGCAACACCUUCUGGAUACCCUAACCUUGCGCGGUGUUUCUGGAGUUGAGCGUGCCUUCAUCAACGAGAAGAGUAAGGUCCGUGUCCUGGAAGACGGGUCCUUGUUCACUAGCAAGACGGACCCGUUGUGUAAAGAGUGGGUCCUCGAAACUAGUGGUUCUUCUCUUGGUGAGGUCCUGGCGAUUCCGGGCGUUGAUGCUAGCCGAACGUACUCCAACCAGUUCAUUGAAAUUUUCGAGGUGUUCGGUAUUGAAGCAGCACGAACGGCUGUUCUCCGUGAAUUGACGCAAGUGUUGGCUUUCGACGGAUCCUACGUCAACCACCGUCAUUUGGCACUUUUGGUCGACGUGAUGACUGUGCGAGGCUACCUGACUCCAGUCACUCGUCACGGUAUUAACCGUGCCGAUAACGGUGCACUUAUGCGUUGCUCUUUCGAAGAAACGGUUGAGAUUCUUCUAGAGGCCGCUGCCUUUGGCGAACUUGAUGACUGCCGUGGUGUAUCGGAGAACUUGAUUCUGGGCCAAAUGGCACCCGCGGGUACUGGCGAAUUCGACAUCUUCCUUGACCAAGGCAUGCUCAACACUGUUGUUUCGAAUAAUGCUCGGUAUGGAGUCAUGGGCGCUCUGGGUGCAAAGGAUGCCAUUAUUUCGGACGGCGCUGCAACGCAGUACGAUACUGGAUCGCCUAUGCAGGAAAGUGCCUACAUUGGUACUCCCGACCCCGACUCGAACUUCUCUCCCAUCCGCCAGGCGGGUGCUGAGACUCCUGGUGGCUUUACGGAGUACCAGCCCUCAGGUGCCUUUGGUGGUGGGUUCAGCCCUGCUGCCACCAGCCCGGCGGGAUACUCUCCCAGCAGCCCGUUCAGUGCCAACCCUACUUCGCCUGGAUACUCUCCCACCUCCAGCUACUCUCCUACAUCUCCAGGCAUGGGUAUCACCAGCCCUCGGUUCAUGACAUCUCCGGGAUUCUCUCCCGCGAGUCCGUCAUUUGCACCGACAUCGCCGGCCUACUCUCCAACGUCGCCGGCGUUUGGGCAGGCUUCACCGACGUCACCCUCGUACUCUCCUACUUCGCCUGGGUUCUCACCGACGUCUCCAAACUACAGCCCUACCUCGCCGAGCUUCAGUCCUGCUUCACCAGCCUUCAGCCCAACCUCGCCAAGUUACAGCCCUACCAGUCCGGCUAUUGGUGGUGCUCGACACUUGUCUCCUACUUCGCCUACCUCUCCGAAAUACACACCUACGUCUCCUGGGUGGUCGCCCACAAGCCCUCAGUCGUACUCUCCCACGUCUCCCAACUUUUCCGGCUCGCCGACCUCGCCUGGAGGCCCAACGUCUCCUGGCUACAGCCCGACGUCGCCGGCCUAUAGCCCUACAUCUCCUCGCCAGUGA